UUCCUCACCUCUCCCCGUACCACAAAACAGCACUCAGCCUCUGUACGUCUCUGUUCUUCAUGGACUUCUCUCUUCUUCUUCUCACGUUCAUCUUCAUCCCAAUUCUCUCAUACAAGCUAUACCAAACACUUAGGUUCAAGCUUCCACCUGGCCCACGUCCAUGGCCAAUCGUAGGGAACCUCUACGACAUCAAACCGGUGAGAUUCCAGUGUUUCGCCGAGUGGUCUCAAUCCUACGGUCCCAUCAUGUCGGUGUGGUUCGGGUCUCGGCAUUAUGUUAUCGUCUCCAACUCGAAGUUAGCUGAAGAAGUUCUCAAACAUAAUGACCAACAGUUGGCAGACAGACACCGGAGUCGGUCCGCAGCUCGGAUGAGCAGAGACGGGAAGGACCUGAUAUGGGCCGACUAUGGGCCUCACUAUGUGAAAGUUAGAAAAGUUUGUACUCUUGAGCUUUUCUCUCUGAAGAGGCUCGAAGCUCUCAGACCCAUCAGAGAAGAUGAGGUCACUGCUAUGGUGGAGUCCAUACACAAAGAUUGCACUAGUCCUGAUAAGAUGGGGAAGAGCUUGCUAGUGAAGAAAUACCUAGCAGCAGUGUCUGUCAACAACAUUACGAGGCUUGCAUUCGGAAAGCGGUUCCUGAACGAUGAUGGGGUGAUGGACGAGCAAGGGCUGGACUUCAAGGCCAAUGUUGAAAACGGAACGAAGCUCGGUGCUUCCCUUUCCAUCGCAGAGCACAUCCCGUGGCUCCGGUGGAUGUUCCCCCUAGAAAACGAGGCCUUUCUCAAGCACGGGACACAAAGGGACCGCAUCACUCGAGCAAUCAUGGAAGAGCACACCCUCACCCGCCAGAAGACCGGCGGAGCCAAACAACAUUUUGUUGAUGCAUUGCUUACCCUUCAGGACAAAUAUGAUCUUAGUGAGGACACUAUUAUUGGCCUCCUUUGGGACAUGAUCGUUGCAGGAACGGACACAACAGCAAUAUCUGUGGAAUGGACCAUGGCGGAGCUGAUAAAGAACCCUAGGGUCCUACAAAAGGCCCAAGAGGAGCUGGAUCGAGUGAUCGGAUUCGAACGCGUGCUAACCGAAUCUGAUUUCCCAAGCCUUCCCUACCUACGAAGUGUGGUCAAGGAGUCGCUACGGUUGCACCCACCAACGCCGCUUAUGCUCCCUCACCGCGCCAAUGCCAAUGUCAAGGUUGGAGGCUAUGACAUCCCUAAGGGCUCCAUUGUACUUGUUAAUGUUUGGGCCGUAGCCCGUGAUCCAACAGUAUGGAAAAACCCAUUAGAGUUCCGACCCGAAAGGUUCUUUGAGGAGGAUGUUGACAUGAAGGGAAGUGAUUUUCGUUUGCUACCAUUUGGUGCUGGAAGGAGAGUUUGCCCUGGAGCACAAUUAGGCAUCAAUUUGGUCACUUCCAUGUUGGGCCACCUUCUGCACCAUUUUUCUUGGGCUCCACCAAAUGGGCUAAAGCCAGAGGAGAUAAAUAUGGGUGCGAGUCCAGGAAUGGUCACCUAUAUGAGCACCCCAAUACAAGUGGUCCCCACUCCGAGGCUGCCAUCUCACAUGUACAAACGUGUGACUCGUGUGGAAAUGUAAUUUCAUAUGUUUGUUGUUAUUAUUAUUAUUUUUUAAUGGGCAAUGUUUCGCUGUUAUUGGGCUGGACCUGCCACUGAAUUUUUUCCAGUAGUUCACACAGGCCUAUGUCUGAGUGUCAUUGUACAACUAUAAUUUGAUUCGAGCAUUAUGUAGUAGAAUUCUAUAUUUUUCACUCUUUCA